ACACUGUGAUAAAAUCAAAGGUCACUUGACUCUGUUCUUUACACUUUACUCUUUACAAAGUACUAUACUCUGGUGUAUGAAGCUUCCUAUUUCUCACAGAGAUUCUGACUAUUACUCGUUCUGCUCCUUCUAUUUCUCCACAGUUUAAUAGGCUAUUUCUGCAUAGCCUAUUCAGCGUCUGUAGAGUCUGCUACAGAAAAAAUGAGCACCCCAGAAGAUGUUCGGAGAAAAGAUCUGAAGAUGAUUCAUGGCUAUCCCAUGGUCUAUGCUUUUGCACUCAAUUGGGAAAGGAUUGAGGCAUUCCAGAGCAAACCAGAUGACCUUGUGAUAACUACUUACCCAAAGUCAGGUACUACUUGGCUUAGUGAAAUCGUAGACAUGGUUCUAAAUGAUGGAAAUGUUGAAAAAUGUAAGCGAGAUGUUAUUACUUCUAAGGUUCCAAUGUUGGAACUGAGUGUCCCUGGAGAAAGAAUAUCAGGCAUUGAACUCUUAAAGACGACUCCAUCACCUCGGAUUAUAAAGACGCAUCUACCAAUCGAUCUACUCCCAAAAUCCUUCUGGGAGAACAACUGCAAGAUGAUUUAUAUGGCUCGAAAUGCCAAAGAUGUUGCUGUUUCCUAUUACCAUUUUGAUUUAAUGAAUAAUUUACACCCUCUUCCUGGCACCUGGAAAGAGUAUCUGCAGAAAUUCCUAGCUGGAAAUGUGCCCUAUGGUUCAUGGUUCAAUCAUGUUAAGACUUGGUGGGAAAAGAAGAAAGGGUAUCCAUUACUGUUUUUGUACUACGAAGAUAUGAAACAGAAUCCAAAGGAAGAAAUAAAGAAAAUCGCCAGCUUCCUAGGCAAGACUCUGGAUGAAGAGAUCUUGGACAGGAUUAUCCGCCACACCUCUUUUGAAAUGAUGAAGGACAACCCCCUGGUCAAUUACACCCAUCUGUCCACAGCCAUGAUGGAUCACAGCAAGUCUCCUUUCAUGCGAAAAGGUGUUGUUGGUGACUGGAAAAAUUACUUCACAGUGGCCCAAAAUGAAGAAUUUGAUGCCAUCUUUAAGAAGGAAAUGUCUGACACAUCACUUAAGUUCCGCACAGACCUUUAGAGUGUUUAAACUGCAGCUUGAAUAUGUGAUUUUUUUUAAAUAGUAGCUUGACUGGAAAGUUAAAUGGGAUGGUGAAGGGGAAAUAAAUGUGCCUUCAAAACACUGAUGAAA